UGUUUUCUGCACUUUUUUGCGAUGCGACCGUAUCGUACGAUGCGGUAAUAACGUAACAACGUUAUCGUCAAUGAUGAUAACGUAAGAGAUCGAUCGCGUCGAGAGACUUGUUAUUACUGUUGCUUCUCUUUGUACUAAUAAAAGCGCGCAAAAACAAAAUCGUUCGCGAAGACUUCGCCAACCGGGACGCGCCGAUCGGUCGCGGUCGGAAAUUGUCGGGGAGACUCGUCGCCUUGGUGCGACACUGGCAAGCACGGAACCAGCGCGAACGGACAUUGCGAUUGCUGAGUCACAUAUCGCGGAACGAUCUCUCCCGGCAAGGUGCGCGAUAAUUCGGCUCGUUUGACCGAAGCAGUUCUCUCCGUGCGUCACACGCGUCGUACGCGGAUCUUUUAUCAUCGUCCCGGCGUUUCGAGCGACGGCUCGCGUUUUCCCGCAACACAACAGACGCUCCGCGCGUCUUUUCCCGCGCGAAAACCCCGGUCAAAAAAAACGGAGUCGCGAGUCGUGCGCGUCUUCGUAUUCUAACCUCUUAGAAAGAACACUCGUGACGUUCCCGGAAUCGCUCGAGAUGCGUCUAGUCGCGUAAAUACAGAGACGGUCGAUGAGAAUUAUUUCACGCGAAAGACUCUACGUUUUCGUUGUAAAUAUUCCGGUGUUACUUCGGUGCCAUGUCGAACAUCCUGUCAAGUCACGUCACUUUCUCGUGAUGACGAGCCCACAGUUCGAACUCGACUGUCAGCCACUGUGACAACAGGAUCGCGGGAUUACGUAGAACUGUGUGCGUCGUUGUGUGUGACUCGAUCUGCGGAGGAUUACGGCAAAAAUGUUGUGCGUGAAAAAAUUGUACCGGGAGGAGCUGCUCCAACUGGCACUGCUGCUCUCCCUGCUUCGUGUCGAUCCGGAGUCCUAUCUCGGUUUGGACAUUCGGACGCUCAACGUGGGUUCGCUGGAUCUCACCAAUGGAUCAUCCGGAUGGCACACGGACCACACGAUCAUUCAUCGUCCGAUGUUUCUGCACCCGAAGAACCCGGACUCCAUGCUCCUUAAUUAUCAGAGGGAUCUGUUUGAAGAACUAAACUCACUUGGCAGAUACAAUAGAAUGAACUCUGGCCUCAAUGCUAUACACGCUUAUCUGUUGAAUAUCGACGAAUCUAACAUAGACGAGGAUUCGGCGGGUCCUAGUGUAUCUGUUCCAACAUCAACUGAGACGCCAACCGUAACACAGAAUUCUCCACUACCAGUAUCCACUGCGGAACUCACUCAAGAG